AGUGUCAGUUGAAGGAAAGAAUCCGUGGUAGUAGGUUGGUCGCUUUGGAGUGGUGAGCGAACGAGUGUAAUUACGAGUUUUCUGGCUCAUUUUCGUGUUUAGCGGUUUUGCCGUUCGCCGGGUGAAUUGCAAUUAACAUUGAAAUUACGCGCGGCCUAGUGACAAAGUGCCCCGUGGCGAAGAAGUUCCCAUUAUCGGGGUCGCGGUGGAACGUUUGUAAGCGCGUUUUACGCUAAGCUCGUGGUUGGAGCGUUGAGCGCGUCCCAGGGCAAGUGAAAAGGAUCCGACGCGGGCGGAUGGACGUCUUUGUGUUGCUUCUGUUACUCGGGUUCGCAUGUGCCUCCUAAAUUGGCUUAUCCAGUGCCGAGAGGUGGAUUAAGCGGAUUAUCGCCGGAGGGCCGCCGGAUUAGUGUAGGAAAGUUUACGACCGUAGGAGUAGCGGCUCUGUGCGGUGCGGGCCGACUUGCAUACCGCGGCGAGCUGCUUGCUAACAGUCCGGAUGACCUGUUUUCGCGGUUGAAUGGCAUGUCCUCGUGUUUGGCGCAUUCUCCCGCUAUUUAUCACCCGCCAUUGCUGCCGCGUUGAUCGCGCGUAAUCCGGUGCGGCUGUUGCGAGUUCGCCGUACGCGGGCCUUAGUGCGGCGUGGCGUGCGGUGCCAGCUCUGAAUUUCUGUCAAUUUCACUGUUUACAUAUUAAUUUGUUGUGCGCUUUGACUGUGCGAGGUAUUCGCGGAGUUGGAGGAGGAAACGAAGACGGCAGCAGCGCGCAGCGCGAAUUAGUGCGAUUUCUCUUCUUCUUGUGAAAUACUUCCACCAACUGUUCACGGUUGGUAAAUAUUGAUUCGAUUCUGGCCAAAUGUCGCCAAAUCCGCCAGUGCCUAACUUUCUAAGAAUUAGCGUGAGUUGAUAGCGCGCGCUCCUGUGGCCAGUUAAUAGGUGCCGUCGGCGGUUACAUAAUUCUAGAAAUAAAUAUUCCGGGCACAGCCACCUUCAAAAAACACCAGUUACCCGCGGUUCAGAAAGUUCGUGGGUUGACUUGCGGUUGCUGCGGUUUUUCUUGUAUUCGUCGAAGGUGGAUGCGGUUUUCACAGGUGAUAGAAAGGGGAGUUGGUCAGCGACAUAACAUCUCCUGAAUAUCAUUGUUUCCUGGCUGCCUUCCGAGAAACGAAGUGGGCGAUUCGAACAAAAAGUGAUUGCCAGAGCUUGCAGUCUGUGGCGUAUUUCGGAGGUUGUCACUCUCGUCCAGAAGUCGGUGUUAAUUAAAACCCCAAACCGUCGGUUGGUUGAGCGGUUGGUGCUAAUUCUGCUUUUCGGACAAUAAACACAAAGCUAAUGAAAGCCAUUCCUUGUUUUUAGUGGAUUUUUUUAUCGGAACUACUCAUAGUUUUCGCUUUGGAUUAUUUAUGGAUACGACUCGAUGAAGGUUAAUUUGAUUUUCAUCAUUCUUCAAACAUGAGCCGAGUGAAUCAACAAAAACAACAUGUUGGAAAUAAUAUGAGACCAAAUAAUGGUUUCAAAUGUAAACAUGCAUUCAAGUGUAGAUAGAAUGUUGUGUACAAUCUAAUAAUAACAAGAAUUAAUAGGAGAAGCAAAAAAGAUAAGUGUGUUUGCUAAUAAUAGAUCUCAUAUUCGUUAAUAGUACAUCGUAGUGAGUCAGUGUAUUAGUUUUUAAAUGGUUUAAAUUAAUUGCUACCGAGAAUCAACGAGAAAAAAAGUGUUAUAUGGUUUUACCUUUUAUAAUUCGAUUGAAACGUAUAAUCGCAAAGCAGAUAUAUCUCAUAUUACAACGUAUUUAUAUAUAGAAAAAAAUGUAUCAAAGUGCAAGCAUAAAUGCAGCGGCUGUUGCUGCCCGGCAUCCGGGGCCCCCACAAGCAGGACAGCCGUUCAAAUUCACUGUUGUGGAAAGCUGUGAUCGAAUAAAGGAGGAAUUUAAUUUCCUGCAGGCGCAAUAUCACAAUUUAAAAAUGGAAUGUGAAAAACUUGCUCAGGAAAAGACAGAGAUGCAAAGGCAUUAUGUGAUGUAUUAUGAAAUGUCGUAUGGAUUAAAUGUAGAAAUGCACAAACAGACGGAAAUAUCGAAACGUUUGAAUGCGAUAAUUGGUCAAAUCAUUCCAUUUCUUACGCCUGAUCACCAACAACAAGUUGCGACGGCUGUCGAUCGUGCAAAACAGAUAACAAUGUCCGAAUUAAACACAAUAAUUGGACAACAAAGACCAGAUUUACCGCGGCUUCUACAGCAGAUGCAUACGCAGCAGAUACCUGGUCAUGCAGCCGCACCGCCCAUGCCUUUACCAAUGCCACAUCCAGGAAUGACACCAGGUGCAUUGGCCAGUGGUCAAUUGGGUAUCCCCACUGCCCCAUCACAACAUCCCUUGGCCGUAUUGAAACAGGAAAUCAAUCGGCCCGACGACGCUAAAAGCUCAAGUGGCAUGAGUGUGAGUGAGGAAAGACAUCGCAGUUCGAUAUCACCUGCUGAUCGAGAUAAGUACAGGCCACGAUCUCCCGAACAGCAUGACCUGAAGAAAGUGAAGAAGGAGGAAAAAGACAUGGGACAUCAAUCCGAUGGUGAAAAAUCAGAUCAAGAUCUUGUCGUCGACGAUGCUUCCGAGAUUAAUCCUUUAUCACCGGUUCCAAAUCAGCAUCAUAGUAACGGUACAGCAUCGCCUCGUGAAAACGGCAUGCUUAUGAAAAAAUUCGACCAUUCAGACCGCGAUCGUGUUGGCGGAGGUGGAGCUCAUUCGCCUCGUUCCGGUACAUCAUCAAACGCAUCAACUCCUUCGAAUAAAAAACUUGAGGAGAAACCAUCGACUCCUAUCGCCAAACCGGUGACACCAACAAAUUCUAACCCAUCGGCUAAUGGAUUAGGCCUUGGUGCACCACCACCCGCUGGAAGUCUAGUGAAAGCUGUGGCUAAGCCUCCUGUUCUCAACCCGGCCGGCUAUCCUCCCUAUUUGGGGCAAUUGAACGGUGCAGCUGGACCGCACGAGUUACAAGCAGCGUAUGGAGCAGCAGCAGCUGCUGCGGCAGGAGUGCAUAAUAAUCUACCCCCAGGAAUGAAUAACUUUCCACGUGCCCCGAUGCAGGUCGGUUUCGAUCCGCAUCCACAGAUGAGAGCACCGCAUCUUGGACCGCCGUUAGGAACAAUACCGGGUGGCAAGCCAGCCUAUUCCUUUCACGUAACGGCUGAAGGUCAAAUGCAACCGGUGCCUUUUCCGCCUGAUGCCCUGAUAGGGCAAGGAAUACCACGCCAUGCCCGCCAAAUCAACACUUUGCCACAUGGCGAGGUGGUUUGUGCUGUCACAAUAUCGAAUCCCACAAAGUACGUGUACACGGGUGGCAAAGGUUGCGUGAAAGCGUGGGAUAUCUCACAGCAGGGUAUUAAGAAUCCCGUCUCACAAUUAGACUGCCUUCAACGUGAUAAUUAUAUUAGAUCGGUGAAAUUACUUCCGGACGGACGAACAUUGAUUGUUGGCGGUGAAGCCUCCAAUCUUUCCAUUUGGGAUCUCACUAGUCCGCAGCCACGAACCAAAGCGGAAUUGACCUCCAGUGCACCCGCUUGCUAUGCCCUCGCGAUCUCACCCGACUCGAAGGUGUGCUUCUCGUGUUGUAGCGAUGGAAAUAUCGCCGUCUGGGAUCUACACAAUCAAACGCUAGUCAGACAAUUCCAGGGUCAUACCGACGGAGCUUCCUGCAUCGACAUCAGUGCAGAUGGCACGAAACUGUGGACUGGCGGUUUAGAUAAUACCGUGCGAUCAUGGGAUCUACGCGAAGGAAGACAAUUGCAACAACAUGACUUCACAUCGCAAAUCUUCUCGCUGGGCUACUGUCCAACAGGUGAAUGGCUAGCAGUCGGCAUGGAAAAUUCUAAUGUAGAAGUUCUACACGCCACAAAACCAGACAAGUAUCAACUUCAUCUGCACGAGAGCUGUGUACUUAGCUUGAAAUUUGCUGCUUGCGGCAAAUGGUUUGUGUCGACGGGGAAAGAUAAUCUCUUGAAUGCCUGGCGAACACCGUAUGGUGCUUCAAUAUUCCAAUCGAAGGAAUCGUCUUCGGUACUGAGCUGUGACAUUUCGGCUGACGAUAAAUAUAUUGUAACUGGAUCGGGCGACAAGAAGGCGACUGUCUAUGAGGUCAUCUACUAAAAUCAAGGCAGAUCUUAAUCGAGAAUCAGCUCGUGAGGCAGCAACUACGGCAGUUCGGUCCUCUUUGUUAGAAUACAUUAUACUCAGCCCAAACUAUAUUGUUUUUGUUGUUAUUAUAUUAUAUAUUAUUUCUAGGACUUCGCCCUUCUACUCCUGAUAAAAGCUUAUAUUUUUCAUAGAUUACCCACUUGUUGUAUGUAGGCAAUGCAGCUCCAAUUAUUGCUACUUGUAAAGUUAGUUCCGUAAGGCUUGUAUGAAAGUUGUAUCUAAAGAUUUUAGAUGUAAGUCUAGUAGCACGAAUAUAUUCUAAGAGUCUAGUUUGUCGAUCCUUAACCGUGGAUGAUUUUAAUUCAUUCAAUACCCAGACAUUUCCGCGUAGAAGCGAUCACUUAUCUGCACCGAUCGGCACAUGUUCUGCUUGAAUAUUGACUCGAUCCUUUAUUGAUCGUUCUAUCAGAUUACGUUGCCAAUCCUUACUAGAGUAGACAAUACCUUUGAAUUCUGCAUCGUAGAGUACAGAUAGGUGUGCGCUUGGCAACGAGCCGUUGUGCUUAUUUGCCUUGGAUUUUUAGUGAUCAUCAUCUUAAAUAUUUCUUAAACGCAUUGGAAACAUUUCACUGUUCACUUCCAUCCUCCUUGAAUUACUUAGUCUUGGUAUAGGCUUCCAUUAAAUAAGUUUUCACUUACUGUAAGUAAGAUAAAAAGUCAACACAGCAGCCUGCACUACUUGAGAUAGAAGGCUAGCAACCGAAAUUCUAUGAAAUUCUAUGGUCAAGUGAAAUAUGUUGAAUUGAAUAGUUAAAGUAGACCGACCUUGAUUGGAGGGGAUUAUUGUGAAUAUUUUAAAGACGCCAUAUGUCUGUAGUCUUUAAGAAGGAAACAUAAAGUGUAUAAGCAAAGAUCUAUGUAAACAAAAGUUAAGGUUAUAGUUUGUAAGCCAAUAAGAGAGAAAGCAGAUAAAACGAAAAAGAAAAUCAAUGUAAAAUGUAAACUUAAGUGUUUUUAAUAAAAAAAGUAUAAUAUUGAAUAGAAA